AUGCGCUGCCAGCCAGUGUGCGGGGGCAUCUGGGUUCAGAACCAACGUGGCAGCCACCUAACCAACGUGGCAGCCACCUGUGAGGGAUGCGCUGCCAGCCAGUGUGCGGGGCCAUCUGGGUUCAGAACCAACGUGGCAGCCACCUGUGAGGGAUGCGCUGCCAGCCAGUGUGCGGGGGCAUCUGGGUUCAGAACCAACGUGGCAGCCACCUGUGAGGGAUGCGCUGCCGGCCAGUGUGCGGGGCCAUCUGGGUUCAGAACCAACGUGGCAGCCACCUGUGAGGGAUGCGCUGCCGGCCAGUGUGCGGGGGCAUCUGGGUUCAGAACCAACGUGGCAGCCACCUGUGAGGAAUGCGCUGCCAGCCAGUGUGUGGGGGCAUCUGGGUUCAGAACCAACGUGGCAGCCACCUGUGAGGAAUGCGCUGCCGGCCAGUGUGCGGGGGCAUCUGGGUUCAGAACCAACGUGGCAGCCACCUGUGAGGGAUGCGCUGCCAGCCAGUGUGCGGGGGCAUCUGGGUUCAGAACCAACGUGGCAGCCACCUGUGAGGAAUGCGCUGCCGGCCAGUGUGCGGGGGCAUCUGGGUUCAGAACCAACGUGGCAGCCACCUGUGAGGAAUGCGCUGCCAGCCAGUGUGCGGGGGCAUCUGGGUUCAGAACCAACGUGGCAGCCACCUGUGAGGAAUGCGCUGCCAGCCAGUGUGCGGGGGCAUCUGGGUUCAGAACCAACGUGGCAGCCACCUGUGAGGAAUGCGCUGCCAGCCAGUGUGCGGGGGCAUCUGGGUUCAGAACCAACGUGGCAGCCACCUGUCCCACAGAGAAGAUAGCCCAGGCUGUGCACAUCUAG